AUGUAUCUGGAAAGCACCGAUCAACCGGCAUAUGUCCUAAGUGCUCUCAGCGCUGACGAGAACAAGUAUAAAGUCAACACGGUUGAGUUGAAAAGGCCCCAGAGACGAACGCCUCCUGUUGCACGACUUCGCGCACAUUGCACGAUCAAACUUUCCGUGGAUAUCAUGAAGCUCGUUCAAAUUGUUUACCUCACAGUCCUUGCCGCUGCUAGUGCCGCUGCCGGCGCCAUUGUGGUGAAGGCAGCAGCUCGUGCCGAAAGCAUGUCCUGCCCAGGCGCGUGCUCCUCUCAACCACCUUUGAACUGCCCGACAGCGACGGCACCUUAUGAAUGGAGCCCUAUAUGCUGGAUGUGCUGUAGCGGCGAUAGCUCAAGGAGUUGA